AUGGUUUAUAAUAUAGCAAUGGUUGCUGACUUCUUCUACCCCCAACCUGGUGGGGUGGAGUUUCAUGUCUAUCAUUUAGCCCAGGAACUCAUAGAUUUAGGCCAUUCAGUGGUGGUGAUAACCCAUGAAUAUGGUUCACGUAAAGGUAUAAGGAUGCUUACCAAUGGAUUAAAGGUAUAUUAUGUACCGUUUUUUGUGCUCUAUCGUAACAGUACAUUCCCUACUGUGUUUCUGGCUUUCCCCAUUCUUCGAAAUAUUUUUAUUAGAGAAGAAAUAGAGAUUGUUCAUGGCCACGGGACUUAUUCAAGUCUUUGUCAUGAAGCAAUCAUACAUGGAGGUACCAUGGGUCUUCGAACAGUAUUCACAGAUCAUUCAUUAUUUGGUUUUGCUGAUAUUUGGUCCAUUAUUGGUAAUAAGAUCCUUAAAUUCACUCUAACAGAUGUGGGGCAUGUCAUUUGUGUAUCCAAUACUUGUAAAGAAAACACAGUAUUAAGAGCAUCUCUCGACCCAGUUAAUGUUUCGGUGAUUCCCAACGCAGUUGUUGCCAAAGACUUCACUCCAAUACGAAAGGGUAUUCGAAAGAAAUCAGAUCCAGCAGAUAUAACUAUCGUUGUAAUAUCUCGAUUGUUUGCUAACAAAGGUAUCGAUUUACUUACAGCUAUCAUUCCCCGAAUAUGUGUUCAGAAGCCCAAAGUGAGGUUCUUGAUUGCUGGCGAUGGUCCAAAGUCUAUUGAAUUGGAACAAAUGAGAGAAAAGUAUUUCUUAGAGGAAAGAGUACAGUUAGUAGGUGCCAUAAAACAUGAAGAAGUACGAAACAUUAUGGUACAAGGCGAAAUUUACCUUCAUCCAUCAUUAACAGAAGCCUUUGGCACAGUAUUGGUAGAAGCAGCAUCCUGUGGAUUAUUUGUGGUCACUACAAAUGUAGGCGGCAUACCUGAAGUGCUACCAAAUCAUAUGUUCACAUUUGCAAAGCCAGAAGAAGAUUCUUUGGUGGAAGCCACCAUAAAGGCCAUCACAUUAAUGGAAACGGAACAAAUAGAUGUCUCAACGUUUCAUGAUGAAGUAAUAAAGAUGUAUACCUGGGAGAACGUUGCACGAAGAACGGAAAACGUUUAUAAUUCACUUGAAACAACUCAUUCCAAUACUUAUUUUGUUGAUAGACUUCAAAAGUUCUAUAAUACCGGUGUCAUAGCAGGAAAACUUUAUGUUUUAUGUGUUAUAGUUGAUGUCUUUAUUUAUGUGAUUUUGGAAUGGCUCUAUCCAGCAGAGCAUAUUGAUACGGUAACCAAAUGGCCUCGCAAAAAGAGACCACAAUACUCGAAUGAAUGUGAACAUCAUGUUGAUGAUAAUGAUAAUGAUGAUGAUGAUAGUGGAUCGAUGUUAUCAAUAUGA